AUGCUUCUGGAUAUCCUGGAGACCCUUGUCCCGGUCCGGGGGAGGUCUCUUGGAGGUGGGAGGUGUCCGGUAGGGGGUGGCUCCUCCUCCACUCCUCGGAAAGAGGACGACAAUGGUGUCAGAAGUGGGAUGCCAAUGCGCCGAUUUGUUCACCGCGCAUCAAUGCUAGAGACCAGCGCCCGAAGGCCAGACGACCCCCUCUUCAUCCGCCGUCGCCCUUGUCGAGGGAAAGUAAGCCCGCAGCUACGGCUUCCAUCACUCUCCAAGCGGUUCGAGGAGUACUCACCGUAUUACAACCUGGUGCUCGGGGAUACGUGGCCCCCCCGUCACAGGCCCCGGACCCCUGCCAAAGCCAAGAAGACGACAGCGGCUACUCAGGGGUUUCAUGCAUUUACCCUGAGUUAUAAGCCCGCUCAAACGUGGGCCCCGGUGCUUGGUAUUUUUGCAUUUUGCCUUGCACAAACCCUAGAAGACGGAUCCAACCGCGGUCUCGCUGAUGAUCAUUGA